GGUCCCGGGCAGUGGGCUGGGUGCGGACCAUGGCCUCACACCCGCUGCUGGUGGCCCCCCCGGAGGUCCUGCUGAAGCCCAUCUCUGUGCCCCACCGGCUGCUGCUGGGGCCCGGCCCCUCCAACCUGGCUCCUCGUGUCCUGGCGGCCGGCGGGCUGCAGAUGAUCGGCCACAUGCACAAGGAGAUGUACCAGAUAAUGGACGAGAUCAAGCAAGGCAUCCAGUACGUGUUCCAGACCAAGAACCGCCUCACGCUCGCCAUCAGCGGCUCGGGGCACUCCGCCCUGGAGGCCGCCCUGUUCAACCUCCUGGAGCCUGGGGACUCCUUCCUGGUCGGGGUCAACGGCAUCUGGGGCCAGCGGGCCGCCGAGAUCGGGGAGCGCGUGGGAGCCCGCACUCACCCGAUGACCAAGGACCCCGGAGGCCACUACACGCUGCAGGAGGUGGAGGAGGGCCUGGCCCAGCACAAGCCGGUGGUGCUCUUUCUGACCCACGGGGAGUCCUCCAGCGGCGUGCUGCAGCCUCUCGAGGGGUAUGGGGAGCUGUGCCACAGGUACCAGUGCCUGCUCCUGGUGGACUGCGUGGCCUCCCUGGGCGGGGCCCCCAUCCACAUGGACCAGCAAGGCAUCGACGUCUUGUACUCGGGCUCCCAGAAGGUCCUGAACGCCCCCCCAGGCACCGCACUCAUCUCCUUCAGUGACAAGGCCAGAGAUAAGAUCUACUCCCGGAAGACGAAGCCCUACUCCUUCUACCUGGACAUCAAGCUGCUGGCCAACUUCUGGAGCUGUGACGACGACAAGCCCAGGACGUACCACCACACCACCCCCGUCAUCGGCUUGUUCAGCCUGAGAGAGAGCCUGGCGCUCAUCGCGGAGGAGGGCCUGGAGAACAGCUGGCGGCGCCACCGGGAGGUCACCGCCUACCUGCAGGAGCGCCUGCAGGAGCUGGGCCUGCAGCUCUUCGUGAAGGACCCCGUGCUGAGGCUGCCCACCGUCACCACGGUGGCCGUGCCCGCCGGCUACAACUGGAGAGACAUUGUCAACUACCUCAUAGACCACUUCUCCAUCGAGAUCACCGGCGGCCUCGGGCCCUCCGUGGGGAAGGUGCUGCGCAUCGGGCUCCUGGGCUACAACGCCACCCGGGAGAACGUGGACCGCGUGGCCGAGGCCCUGAAGGAGGCGCUGCAGCGCUGCCCCCGGAGCCAGCUGUGACCCGGCUGCCCAGCCAGGCCCCCCCCCUCGGGGGCCG